AAUAUCUAUCAGACCCACUAUGUUCAUUCUUCUCUAUCUCUCUCUCUUUCUCUGUGAUUUGGGUUUUAGAGAGAGAAAACCCAGAUGGAUUUCAGCUCGUUCUUGACAUCUCUAGGGACGUCAUGCACGAUAUUUGUGGUUCUAGUGUUGUUGUUUGUUUGGCUGUCAAGAAAACCUGAGAAUGCAGUGGUGUACUAUCCGAAUCGGAUCUUGAAAGAGAUGGAUCCGUUUGAGAAAACUCGGAUCAUCCAUCAAUAAGCUCCACAUGAAGCUUGUGGAAUUUAAAAAAAUAUUGCAGUGGUGGAUUCUUGAAAGAGGUUACCCAAGAAAUGGGUUUGACUUAUUACUCUCCGGGUUUGUUUCCAAAUUUCACUUCCUAGGCAAGUUGUCUUCCCUCUCUUCCGUCCUCAAGUCCUCCAUCGACGUCCUCGACGAAGCUCUGUUGUUGGAAAUCCAGCUCCACCACCAGAACCAUCGCCUCCUUCCCUUACUCAAACCGUCGUCGUCUUUGCUGAAUGGUGGUAAGCUCAUGCCUCGGUCGUGCUCGUCUUCUGCGACGUCGUAUUACGGCACUGGCAAUGGGUACGAUUCCAGACCCAUGACUCCGAGUCGGCCGAAAAGUGGCAGAGGAGGGUUCAGAGGCUGCUCGCCUGUUGGUUUUGGAUCAGUGGAUAAGCUUCUUCUUAGAGACCCACUCGAUGCUCCGAGAUCAUCCGGCGACGAUAGCAUUUCGAUCGUAAUGCCAGAUCUGAGUCAAUUGGUUUAGAUUUGCACUGUACUAUUUGAUUUUAUUGGAAUUAGGGCUCUGUAUUACGACUCCAUUGAUUGUGAGGUCUCGGUUUUCACUGAGUUCACAGAUGCCACUGCCAUUAGAGAGAGAGAGAUCAAGUGUUUUUUGAAAUUGAGAACUUUCAUAAUUUAUAAUAUUCUCAAUUUUAAUUAUGAAAAAAAUUGAGAAAUUUCUCAAAA